AUGAAAUUGCUGUAGUACCUGUCACUGAAAUUACCAGAUAUUGCUUUCAUUUAUUGCCAUAUUGGAGAGCUAAAGGGAAGAAGGAGAAUGAGGAUGGGAAAGAACUACAGAGCUGGUCCUGGAGAGUCAUUUCCAUGAGAAGAAGGUGCUCUAGAGCAGCAGGGUAGCUGCAGCUCCGUGAUCUCUGAACUGUUCCCAAAGUACUAAAAGAGAACAGAGCUGAGGGUCCGGCUUGUGUGGCCUGAUUUCCCACCGAAGAAGAGACUAAUGAAAGAUCAAGAAGAAAAAGUUUCUUGGGCAUGGCUUGUGGUUUCCUGAGAUGGACAAUUUUUUGAGAGAGGUCUGCAAACCUUGUUUUAAACUGAGCCUUUGUAAUCAAGAGGAAUGAGGAUUGGGCUACGAAGGCUACCCCCAUCCCUCCCAACACAUACGCAUGUGUUUCUUCUCUUCCUCCUUUGUAGAGAAGCAGACCCUCCCAUUUCUUUCACAGAGUGGGUAGGAUGGACUGGGCUGUGAGAAACUGCCUUCUGUCACUGCCUUCUAACUCUCCUGGGAGGCUCACUCCUCUCAUCUGUGUACUAUGUGGAGAAACAUUAAUAUCCAGAACUAACAUGGUAGAUAUUAAAAAUGCUCACUCGCCUGAAGAUUAUGCUUCUUGAUUUGGGACAUUUCCAAUCCUAACCAUGAUCCAUCUGCUUUUGAAAAAUUAAAUCAGUUAUUACUUCCAAUCUUCCUCUGAUUCAUCAAUGAAGUCAUAAUGCUGGAACUCUGAGAUCACAAUCAUCUCUAUGGCAACAGAUUAUGAAUUCAAAAAUAGCACCAAGGACCAGAGCCAAAGCCCCUUGAAGUCAACUGAAAACCUCCCAUCAAACUUCAAUGGGCUCAGAAGAAACAGAGCAGGAUUAGAAAACAGCUUCAAUUACUGAAGAAAAUAUCACUUCUGCUUUAAAACUAUAUCUUGUUGAAGCUGAACAUGUUCUCGAUCUCCACUAUUGAUGUCUAGCGCAGAAUAGAUAUUCCAGACAGAAUCAAUAGAUCCAUUUGCAGUAGGACCAUCGUACAUUAAUACAAGAUGGAAGACACAUACAAAGACAGGACUUCAUUAGUGAAAGGGGCUAAGGACAUUGCCAAGGAGGUGAAGAGACAAACUGUAAAGAAGGUGAAUAAAACGGUAGACAAAGUUCAGGAUGGGUAUACGCAGAGAUCCUACAAACAAUUCAAGGAUGAGGAAGAUGGUGAUGACUACUAUACACAAGGAAGAAAUUAUGAUGGAGAAGCCAAUGAUGAUGAAGGGUCAAGUGAAGCAACUGAAGGGCAUGAUGAAGAUGAUGAGAUUUACGAGGGGGAAUAUCAGGGAAUCCCAAACAUAGGGCAAGGCAAGGAUGGCAUAGUGGCCCUACAGCAGCCCAUCCAUGAUGAAUAUAAGGACCGUCAUGAACUGGAAACAGAGAGGAAAGCUGAUGAAGAGGAGCUAGCGCAGCAGUAUGAGCUGAUUAUACAAGAGUGUGGACAUGGCCGUUUUCAGUGGGCCCUCUUCUUUGUUCUUGGAAUGGCACUAAUGGCUGAUGGGGUAGAGGUUUUUGUGGUUGGAUUUGUGUUGCCCAGUGCUGAGACAGACAUGUGCAUACCCAAUUCUGGAUCAGGAUGGCUAGGUAGCAUAGUGUACCUUGGGAUGAUGUUGGGGGCAUUCUUCUGGGGAGGCUUGGCAGACAAGGUGGGAAGGAGGCAGUCUCUCCUCAUAUGCAUGUCUGUCAAUGGAUUCUUUGCCUUCCUGUCAUCAUUUGUCCAGGGCUAUGGCCUCUUUCUCCUCUGUCGCUUAUUUUCUGGAUUUGGGAUUGGCGGAGCUGUUCCAACAGUGUUCUCGUAUUUUUCUGAAGUUCUUGCUCGAGAGAAGCGUGGUGAACACUUAAGUUGGCUGUGCAUGUUUUGGAUGAUUGGAGGCAUCUAUGCUUCUGCCAUGGCUUGGGCAAUAAUUCCUCACUAUGGGUGGAGUUUUAGUAUGGGGUCUGCCUACCAGUUUCACAGCUGGAGAGUAUUUGUAGUCGUCUGUGCACUGCCCUGUGUCUCCUCAGUAGUAGCACUCACUUUCAUGCCAGAAAGUCCAAGGUUUCUGCUGGAGGUUGGAAAACACGAUGAAGCUUGGAUGAUUCUCAAGCAAAUUCAUGACACUAACAUGCGAGCUCGUGGGCAGCCUGAAAAAGUCUUCACAGUUAACAGAAUCAAAACUCCCAAACAGAUAGAUGAGCUCAUAGAAAUUCAGAGCGACACAGGAACCUGGUACAGAAGGUGUUUUGUUAGAAUCCACACAGAGCUAUAUGGGAUUUGGUUAACAUUUAUGAGAUGUUUCAACUAUCCAGUCAAGGACAAUACAAUCAAACUUACAGCUGUAUGGUUCACGCUGUCUUUUGGCUACUAUGGAUUGUCCGUCUGGUUCCCUGAUGUCAUUAAACAUCUGCAAUCGGACGAAUAUGCAUCCAAAGUGAAACGUUUUAACGGAGAGAGACUUGUAGAUUUCAACUUCAACUUCACAUUGGAAAAUCAGAUUCACAUCAAUGGAUCAUACAUCAAUGACAGGUUUAUUAUGAUGAAGUUUAAAUCAGUAACCUUUGAAGAUUCCCUUUUUAAGAAUUGCUUAUUUGAGGACAUUACUUCUGUGAGCACAUACUUCAGGAACUGUACUUUUGUGGAAACCAACUUCUCCAGCACAGAUCUCGAGCAAUAUAAAUUCAUUGACACUGAAUUUAUAAACUGCAUAUUUAAGCACAACAAGACAGGAUGUCAGAUUACCUUUGAUGAUGACUACAGUGCUUAUUGGAUUUACUUUGUUAAUUUCCUGGGAACUUUGGCUGUGUUACCAGGGAAUAUUGUAUCUGCUCUUCUGAUGGACAGAAUUGGACGUUUAACGAUGUUAGGUGGUUCUAUGGUACUCUCUGGAAUUAGCUGUUUUUUCUUGUGGUUUGGUACCAGUGAAUCCAUGAUGAUAGGCAUGCUGUGUUUGUACAAUGGUCUCACCAUCUCAGCAUGGAACUCCCUUGAUGUCAUUACUGUGGAACUGUAUCCUACAGACAGAAGGGCAACAGGCUUCGGCUUUUUGAAUGCACUAUGCAAAGCAGCAGCUGUACUUGGAAACUUAAUAUUUGGUUCCCUUGUUGGCAUCACCAAAGCAAUCCCCAUUCUUCUAGCUUCAACUGUUCUCGUGUGUGGAGGUCUGGUGGGACUUCGACUUCCUGACACAAGAACCCAGGAGGAUCCUUCAACAUUUAACUCUGCUCUAGAAUCUUAAAAUUACUGGAGAGGACUCCAGGCCACUUCAGGUCUUCUCUUUGAUCCAGAGGUUCAGUGUGCUUGGUUGAUUCUUCUCUUGGGUACACCAGUUUUACACUAGUGUUAUUUCCACCUUUACCAGCUUGUGCAGGGCUGCAUCCAACCCAAAUAAACUAAAUUAAAAGGAAGUAGAGUUUGUCUGCAGUCUUUUUUUCACCUAAAUUUGUAUAAAUUCGGGUGAAAUUAUCUGCUGCGCUGAGACUCCUCUUAGUGCAGCAAAAAUGUGACUUUGGGGAGCCUAUCAUGCCUCCUUGAUUUUCAAGGCUGAGUAGAUUUGUGGGACAAAUCACAAAUUCAAUUGCUUUCUAGGAUUGGGGCUUUAAUGAUCUUCUCUUUAGUAGAAUGCUCUAGUACAUGCUACUUUCUCCUCACCCUCUCAGGAGGGGAAAGGGAUUGCUUAGCCACGAUGGUCACUGGAUAAGAGUAACUCAACACAAAAUAGAACUGUCCCUCCCACCCACCUUCUCCAUUGAUAUACAUUUAAUAGGACAGACAUCCUAGCGGGCAUGUGGGAGUAGCUGAACUAUGCAUCUUGUCAGCUACUCCAGCUUUCAGUUCCUCCUUUCAUCUGAGCUGCAGGCUAUAACCCAGGACAUCAAUCUAGUAAUGAAAGGGAGGAUCAACUUGGGGGACUGCAGUUUCCCUUGGUCUCUCCAUGGCCAGUCAGCUCUGCUACUUUCUUCUUGGAUCCUAAAGAUCCCCACAUCUUUUUACUUCUAAGGUUAGCCACCUACCAUAGCCUGGGCAUCCAGGAUCCCUAGAUCUGAACCAUGAGCCCCCGCAGUACAACCCUAAACUGCAAUGCCAUGAAUGGACACUGUACAUCACUUCAUAUAAACUGCUGAGAGCAAACCACUCUGCCAGGUGCUCGUAUAGAUCUGUGUUCUGUAGCCCUGCUCCCAUUUCAUGGGUGUCUCCAGCUAGAACUGCCAUCUAGUGCUUUUCUCUUCCCAUCACUGCACACACUUUCAAACUCACUCCCAUUAUACUUGUCCGGCAUCCCACUGGUAAAUUCAGGCCUAUCUCCAGCUGAAGCAAUGUGGCAGGAUCAGUUUCUCAUUCUCAACAGGAGCAUAUUUGCUCAAUAAAGAAAAAAAGAUGGGGGAGGGGGAGAGAGAAAGUGAGAGAUUAUGAAAUAGAAUAAAACAAAACAAAAUAAAGUCAGGAGUAGUAGGUUAGAGGCCUAUGGUUCAGGUCCUAGGUUUUUUCUGCAGUAAAUUUUCUUUGAGUUCUAAUCACUGCCCUGAUAUAAUGCAGCUAUGUGAGUAUUGUUUAUUGUAAAAGAGAUGUACUGUACAGUUGUGGUGAAAAUGCAUACACACACACACACGCAUUCCUCUCUGUGUGUGUAUGACAAGUGUAGACUUUUAUACAUUAUAAAACUUAAUUUGGAAUGUUGUUUUUAAAAUGCAGUUUCAUUCUCAGUGCCAUUGAUUGCCAUUUGCUGCAUUAUGCUUUGAAUACAAAAUACACUACUUAUUUCCUUGUGCAAAAUUCUUUUCUUAAUCAUCCAUAAAAUUGCUGUGGUGCCAAGUGCUUUCUUAGUUUGCCCUUCAUUUGAUGUCACUGAAAGAGAACGCCUGUAAUUGUUUUAGGAGUAAGCUUUGAUUUAGCUGCAUCCUUCCCUCGCCAUGCUGUGCCAAACAAUGAAGCAACAAACCAUAUAGAAGUAUCAGUCACACAUGUUCCAGUGACUCAGCAUUCUAGAAUAUUCAAAAUCAAAUAUAAAUUCUUGGGGUUUUUUUUCUUUUUGGAAGCAAAGUAUGUUCUGAAUAAUGUUCCAUAUGGAUCUCAACGUAUUAACUUCUGUGUAAUAUAUGGGAAUAUGUCUGUCUUCUUUCUGUACUGUAUGUUUUUCAUUGUUCCUGCAGACAUAGCUGCUGCUGUUCUAAUAAUGUUCUUAUGGCUGAAUUGUUUGCCACUGCUCUUAUCAGCAUUCUUUGACCAGCUAGAAACAGAGCCAUUGUCAGGAUGUCUUUCAAUUAAUCAUUAACGUUGACAAAGAUCUAGCUCCGUAAUGAGCAGUGUAUAGUACCAUUCCCGCUAUUAUUCAAGUGAAGCCAGUCUGAAAAAGCGCACACACAAGGAAGGAGGGUGGAGAGAGUUACUUCUAGAGCUCCAGCACUCAUUAUGCUUCUUCCCUAGAUGCAAACAACUUCAUUCUUUCCAAUGUGUUUCCGGGGAGUCUGUGUGCCUGUGCAUUGCAGAAUUAAGGAGUCAGCAGAAAAAAAGGGCGUUCUAGGCUCACAAGAAUGAACAAAGCAUAUUUGGUACAGGAAAACUAAGACUUUUUACAAGAAAUUAAAACAGACAACACCGCACUGUCCAUAGUUGGAAAUCACACGUAUUGCCUGAUUUACUUGAGAGUGAAAUUCAUUCUGAGCCAUUUAGUUAAGUAAUAACACACAACAGUGCAGCAAUGCUGAUACAACAUCAUCAUUAGUGGAUGGUGGAUAUUCUAAUGGAAAGAAAAAAAAAUGUCAGUGGUGGGACACUGUAGCCUGCAAUUUCUUGUAGUCUUUCUUUUAAAAAAUGAAAAUGAGUCUUUAGGUUUCCAAUGAAUGUUGCUGACUUUAUCAUCAUAAUUGGAACUAUGUAACAAACAUUAAAAUGAAAUAAUUUAGAAGAAAAAGUAAUAGAAUGUUAAACAUUAACUUUAAAUAGUUAUAUUUAACAAUACAAUGUUUUUGUAAGAAACUUAGAGCUCUCUCGUCCCUCCCCCUGUGUGGAUCCCAGCCAGUGUGAUGGCCGGUUUCUAUAACACUUCACCUAUGAUCAUGAAGAAUAUACUUUCAUUUAAAAAAAUCCCUCAGAACUAGAGCAGCAUAUACCUACUGAUUUAGGCCUUGAUCCAGCAAGUUGGUCUAUACAGGCAAGCCCCUAUGCCUAUAUAGACAAUGGAAGUCAAUGGAGCAGUUUAUGGUAUUAAGACCUGAGCUUUCUUAUAAGUUAACUUAAAAGAAAAACAACAGUUAAAUGCAUGAUAUUGUGUUAUGCAGUAUUGGAAGCAACUUCUUUACUGAGUCCUGGGGUGAGAGGAAUUCUCUAUAACAUGUUGGUUUAAUCUACCAAUGUAUGGAUUGUAACUUAAUAAUUUUAACCUUUGAUGUCCUCAUACAAGUGACUGGAGUUCCAACCAAUACACUGCAUUGUAAUAUCAUCCCAGGUCAGAAACCACAUGAAUCAACUGAUCACUUUAUUUUCCAGCCAUUUUAUAUAUGUAAAAAAUGUUAUCUGUCUUGAGUUAAAAUUCUAAUAAAUUAAAUUGUAACUUAUAUGUGGCCACAAAUAUAUUUGACGUGUGAAGGCGUGUAAACAAACAAAAAAUGGAUGUUUUUUUCUUCACACUUCACUGGGUUAAUUUCAGUCCUGUGUAUACAAAAAUAACCAUCCAGCUGAAAAUAUAAUUCCAUGCCUUCAAUAUCAGUUACUGAUAUAGUCAAGGUACUGAUUCUUGGUAACUAGUUUGUGCCUCCUAAAUCCCCAAAAAUAGCAAACACAAAAGAAAAAAUGUAUGUGCUUUCUUUAUGCUGAGCCAAAUUCUGCUCUUAAUUUUCCCCAGUACAGCUCAAGUAAAAGUAAGGGUGUUGAAACAAGGCAACUGGGAGCAGAAUUUGGCACACUGUCUUUAACAUACAAAACAUGGUGUGUCUGUAUGUCCUGGUAUCCUGUGUUUUGUAACAUGACAAUGUGUAUAUAUUGUAUAUAAAGUACUAAGAUUUUUAAGUUAAAUUUCCAUUCUUCACAUUCAUUUUCAGAUCCACAAUUUUGUACUGAGAUCUUGGCAAUGGCCCUGACCUUUUUCUUUUUUUACUGCUCUGUAUGAUCUCCUGUAAUGUGGGUUACAGUUAUCACUCCUGUAUAUAUGUGCUUGCAUGUGUGUGCAUUGAUAAAUUCUCACUUUCAGGUUUCUGGAUUUUUCAUUCCAAGUACAGCUGGUACAAUUGUGAACUCAUCUUUCUGGCAUGCUCCUCUGUGUCAGAUUGCUGAUUGCCAAAAUGCUUGACCAAGUGUAUAAAGUCCCCUGAGAAAAGCUGUCUGUCUAACUGUGAAAGGGCAUGCUCUGUGUAGGAUGACUAUGUACAGUAUAAAUCUAUAAAAUGUGGAAGUGUGAAUAAAUUUAUCUGUCAAAUACCUAUCAUACACGUAACAAAUGCAAAGAUAUUUAAUGUACAUCAAAUUAAUAAAGGGGCAUUUUUUGCUCCACUAUAUUCCAAUAAAGAGUUAUUCUUUGCAAUGAAUGUACACCAGGUGUGCUGACCGUUAAAGAUGCAUUCUUUAUUGUAGCCACAAAAUACUGAAAACAAUUGCUUUGAUUUAAUCAGUAUGGUACUUUUAACGUAUUUUUAGUGCUCUGUUGUUAUGGCUAUGAAUGUAUUUCAUCUUCAGUGCCCAUUAUAUAUAUCCGGUGAUAGAGAUCCAAGACAGUGAUAAAAGAAAACCUGGAACAAGUUACUAAUGUGAAAGAAAUGUAAGUCAAUAUAACAACAAUACAAAAUAAAAGUUACGUUUGUAGGAGGUGAAGAUCCUCUGUAUUCAGCCAUCUGGGACCCAUAUUUUAAUACUAUAUAAUGGCACAAAAGGAAGUCUGGUCUUGUCACUACAUAAACUGCACAAUAGGGGUAUGUGUUAAAGUGCUCUUCGUUGUAAUGAAUGCCUUGUCUACAUUUGAAAGGGUUUGCUGCUAUAGAUAUACCAGGAUAGUUAUACUGGCCAACCAGUCUAUGGGAGAGUGGGCUUAUAUCACCAACAGACUGCUUAAACCAGUUCCCCAAACAGAGUAAGAUGUACGGCAAAAGCACUUUUUUGCCAGUAUAACUGUGUCUGCCCUAAGGCUUGUGCUAGCAUAGCUGUGUCAGUUAGCAGGAGGGAAAAAAUCACUCCCCUGGACUGGUAUGCCUGUGCCAGUAAAACUUUUAAAUGUAGAGCAGCCUACCUUUCAGUACAAACUAUACAAUAUGUAAGAGGAGGCUGCAGCAUUUUGUGGCUUGGGAUAUAAAGUAUUUCACACCAAACUGUAAGAUAUGGCAUGGGCCAUCCUCAGCAUGCCUUUCACUCCACUGCUCUGCUAGCAAUAUUAUUUAUUUUUGUUAUUUUGUCACUUGGAUUGUAUGCAUACACCAAGGGUGUGCAUGGAGCCCUACAGAAACA